GUAUCAUCUGGUUAUAAAUACUAAUGGAACGAUGAGUUUGACAAGUCCACCUCCCAGCCUGGCGACCACCUUUGAGGAUGGCGUCUCCAGUUUCGGCCCGGGGAAGGCGCUCAACAAUGACGCGAUGGCCAAUGACACUGGUAACAAAUUGGAAUAUGUCAUUACCAUGGACAUCCUCCAGCUUUAUAUCUACUCUUACCUGGACAAGCUUCUGGUCACCGUCGCCAUGCCCAUUAUCUUCAUCAUCGGUGUCAUUGGAAACGCAUCGGUUAUCGUGGUCUUCGUUCGGAUCAAGACCAUGAGGACAGUCACUAAUCAUUACUUGAUUAACCUUGCUAUCGCCGAUAUGCUCUUCUUCUUGGCCGCCGUGCCGCAGUUCUGGAUUCUGUAUGCUACAAGCCCGGUCUUUGCAGAUUAUAAGAGCAUAAGCCGUCCAUACUGCAAGUUAACCAUGUUUGCGACCGAUGUUGGAAUUAUAGUAUCUGGAUUGACGGUAAUCGUGGUCACCCUAGAGCGAUAUGUUGCUAUCUGCUGGCCCCACAAAUUCAAGCAGUUGAGCACGAGACCACGAGCGAUAUUGGUUUGCGGGUUGAUAUGGCUUUUUACCUCUCUUUACAAAAUCCCUACCAUCGUCUUUGCCGACUUGUACAACGUCAAUCUGGUGUGGCCCUCGUCAAACGAGACCGAUUUUGCUGGGUAUCCAAGGACCAAAGUAGAAUGUUCCUACUGUUUACCUAGAGCGCAUAAGCCCUGUGACCGCUUUCGUUUCUCUCUUACUGUAGAUCAGUUCCUCUUGCUAAUGGUGAUACCUGUAACAAUGGUACUAUACACCUUGAUAGUACUCCAACUACAGCGCCUUAGCAAGACUUCUUCUCUACGCGGUUCUGCAGGGAGUUCUUCAACGCGCAUGAAGAAGCAAGUAGUUCGCAUGCUUAUUGUAACCAUCACUGUCUAUAUCAUCUGCAUCACACCAUUUCGUUUGCUCAAUCUCUUCGAUAUAUUCCAGCACAGACUUCCCCCUGAUAUCACAUGGGUUCUUGUCAACACGGCCCGUAUUAUGAUGUACACAAACUCCGCUGUCAAUCCCAUUAUAUAUAACAUCAUGAGCGACCGGUAUCGUCAUGCUUUCCGCCAAACAUUCCUCUGUUGUAUUCCUAGUUAUGUGAACGUGAACGGUGAGGCAUCAAGUGACAGGAAGUCAAAGUACACCAACAAUGCAAGCACUCGUUUCGAAUACGAGCGUUCUACGAGGUAGGGAACUUCAUCAAUGCUGCAUGCAGGAAAAUGAUGACCUCAUGUUUAUGAUUCUGCUUCGGAAUCGUAUAUUGAUUCGAGAAUCCAGAGAGUCUUGUCCUGGUUGACAUUACGCGUAAAAUUGAAACAGUGAAUCAUUUAUCCUAACGCAGAUUUUCAAAGUACUGUGAAUUGUCAUGGAUACAAACUAUUUUAAAUGUACUGUCAUAGCGUGUUCACGUAAUCCUGAAAUUUGGGAGGUCGUCAAACAUUAUCAAGGUCUAAACGAAACGAGAAAGUGCUUUUGGUUGGAUUUUUCACCUUGUAAAGAGAUAAAACAUUUAUCACUUUGCUGUGUUGUCUUUAAAUGCAUUUUCUUCUAGAGACAGGCGCCAAUUUCGGUUUUCUUUGGGGAAGCGUGUUGAUAUACAGAGCAUCCAAUUUCUUUUUUUAAAAGGCAUAUUCAUCUUCGCGUAUACAGUUUCUACUAAAACUGAGUGGAAAAUAAUAUUUUAAGCUCAUUGGUUAUCGUGAACACUAAAAAUGUUCCUGAGAUAACCAUUGUGAUUACAAUUAAUCAAUCUUCGAGAAUGCGAGAGCAAAAUAUCUGCCAAAAAUAAUGAUAGGACUUCAUCUAGGUUCACAAAUCUAUAGAGCUGAACGUGCCAUCAUACAUGCCACAAACCAACAAGAAUGCUUCUGCAGCUUCGUAAACGUAUAUUUUGGGCCUACUCUUAAACGUCCUUUGACAGACCAGAAGAAUAUCACCCGAGCCAACCACAAGAUGAAAUAUUGGAGAUACAAUUACUUUGGUUUUGUUUUAAUGAAGGAAUGGAGAAAAUGCAGCAAAUGUAAUAUAUUGUCAUCUUUGAAAUGACGGAACCUCUUCUCCACUUUAGUAUUAAUGGAAGGAAAACAAAAGGAAUAAGUGAGCACGUUUGAGGCAGAUCAUUUUCACUCCGUAAACGCUGGUUUUUAGCUUUCUAUUCAACCGGACGUUCUAUCCAUCGACAAACACUGAUAGACGAUGAUCAAAGUCUUGCUCACUGAUCAAUAAUCGAUCCAGUUUUGGAGGGGUAUAAUUCUACUUGUAAUCUAAAGUAUAUGUCAUUAUAAUGUUAGUUUUGCUGUACAAAAUACAUAGUAUAUAUAUAAAAGUAUAUUUAGAAUCUAUGUGAGCUGUGGACCCUGUGUAAAGUUUAUUUUUUCUUCUUUUAUAGUCAGGUCCAGAUUUGAGAAAAGUAGACUGCCUUAGGCAAAUCGUGUUAAUGCUGAAUUUACAAGUGUUUCAGCAUAAUUUGAGGGCGCUGAGUCCAAAUUUGCUGUUUGCCAACCUUGAUUUUGAUGUUAAAAUCCUCAAAUUGGCAAAAACAAUAUGGCCGCCAUUCUACACCCUUUUUUUGCUCUAUUCUGAACCCCAAAACUUGUAACAAAAAUGUUUGUCAACGGUUUUUGGUACUAUUUGAUCUCAGGAAUAACAUACUGAAAAUCUACCAAAAUCCGGUUCCGGGAAAGUGGUUGUUUUCAAGAUGGCGUCUAAGAUGGCCGCCAAUAACUGAAAAUUAAAAUAACCGUCACUUUAUCUACCCUAAACAUCUUUUUCGGUGCAUACAUGUAUUCAAUGGUGUAGGGGGUAAAAGGAAAGAGUGAACAUAAGCAGGGUACCUGAAAAUCCAAGAUUGCGUAAAAAUUGCUGCCAUGGCCUAAAACUUCACAAUUCAUCCGUUACCUAUUUCAGUGUCUUUUAUUUGGAUUUUAUUCAUUGGUGAUUUCAAGGGUCAAGAAGUAAACUGAGACAAGUUACAAGGACAGUCUAUGGUCCUCCAUGUCCAAAGAUCCAAGAUGGUUUGCAAAAAUGGAGUAUAAAAUGUCUGUCGUUAAUUCAAACUGACACAGUUUGUUUAAUAACCGCCUGGAGAAUAUGAUAUUUUAGUAUAACCCAUGGUUUAAAGGGUCAAGUAUUACAUUGGGACAGGUUACAAGGACAGUUAGUGGUUCCAGUAUGUCCAAAAAUCCAUAAUGGCCGUUCUUACCGACAAACUGGCAUAGUUUGUUUAAUAUCAGCCUGGGGUAUAUUAUUUUGGUGUUUAACCCAUGGUUUAAAGGGUCAAGUAAUAAAUUAGGACAAGUUACAAGGACUGUCAGAGGUCCAGCAUGUCCAAGAGUCCAAAAAUGCUUCCAAAAUUGGAGUCUAAAAUGGCUAUUGUUACCUAAUAACUGACAUAGUUUGUUUAAUAUCCACCUGUGGUAAAUGAUUAUAUUGUCUAACCCUUCGUUUAAAUGGUCAAGUAAUACAUAAGCAUAAGUUACAAGGGCAAUCAAUGUCUAAAAAUCCAAGAUGGCUUCCAAUAAAGGAGUCUGAAAUGGCUGAUGAUACUUAAAAAUUGACAUAAUCCUAUAAGAAUCCAUCUGGGUGAUAUGAUUUUGGUGUAUACACUAUGUUUUCAAGGGUUAAAUGGUAUGAAGCUGUCCAUUUUGCCUAUUAUUCAAAGAUGGCUUGCAAAAAUGAGUCUAAAAAGACUUCCAUCACCUAAACAUCGUCAUAAUCAGGUGAACAAAAUCUACACUAUUGUGGUUUAAAGGCUAAAAUAAUAAAUCAGGACAAAUAACAUGGAUGGUCAGUUUUCCUUUUCGUCGUAAAAAGUCCAAAGCGACUUCUAAAACUGCGAAAAAAUGAAUGCUGUCUCCUAAUCAUGAAACCAUAUAUAGGAUAGUCCUAUAUAAGCACUCAAAUGACGUGUCUUGAAAUACUUAUCAGUGAAUUAUGGAACUUUUUAGGUGAAAGUGUACCUUAUUUUUUAAAGUUUGUUUUUCGGAUGUUUUCUCUAUUUUGCACCACCAUCUAAUUAUGUCACUAACUCUUGUAAAACAUAGUUUUAAGAGUCUUAAAAACAUGAGUCGAACAGAGACACCAAAAUAGUGGCGCUAGAUGGGAUAUGAAGUAUUGUCAUUUUUGUAUCAGUGGUGGCCAAUUCGAAUGUAAUUUUUGGAGCGUUCUUCAAUUUUUGGACAAACUGGACAACAGCGUAUCCCUGUAAUUCGUCUUCACCUAUAUUGUUUGACCUUUGAAAUCAUGAGAAAGACACAAAAAUGUAUCUAGGUAGAUAGUAUAUGCACUUUGCAGCCAAAUUUUUUAAGAUAUAGCAACUAUUUUUUAAGCCAUCAUAUCAUUUUUUUGCAAAACUGCACCAUUGAUAAACCUUAAAAUUUUUCAAAUGUAAUUUUUCCCUUUGGAACCAUGAUUUUUUUUAAUGUUUUAUUUUAUUCUCGGUAGACCCCAAAAUUAUUUCUACCAGGUGGAUAUUAUAUGAAUUUGGCCCAUUUCAAAGUUACAACGUUCAUUAUAGACGCAAUUUUGGAAGGUCAUCUUGGAUUCUCUGACACACUAUCUUGUAAAUAUGUCCUGAUUCAUUAUUUGCCUUGAAAGCCUUUUGAUUUUGAUUUUGAUGAUUUACUUAAAUUUUUGGAGUUGAUGGUACAACGACUGCCGUUUUGGACGCUAUGUUGGAUUUCCAGGUACCCUUGACGACCUUUUGUAACUAUAACCUGUCUCAAUAGACUUUGUUUAAUCCUAAGUUUCAUGAAAUAGACAUCUACACCCUAAAAGUUAUGAAAUUUCAAAAACUUUACCUUGGUUAAGAUUUGAUGUUGACUUCGCCGCCGGCCGCCGCCAUGGUCAUCGCCACCGUCGGAAAAGCGACGUCCAUGUCUUGCUUCUGCUAUGCAGGCGAGGAAAAAAUGGACACGUUAAAGAUAUCACAAGCGCCCAAAAAUUAUCAAACAUUUGGCCAUAUUAUUUAUCAAUCAGCUGCUGUGAAUCAUGGCUGCCAUCUUGAAAUUGAAGAUGGCUGAUGAAUAAAUCGGACACAUUAUGUUUGCAACCCUGGGUAUCAAAACUAACGCAUAGACCCCAAUUUCUGAAAUGUAAUCACCCAUAAAAUUGGUUUUAAUAUGGGAAACUGCAUUCAAAAUGCCGCCAUUUUGUUUUUUUGCCGAUUUGAGGAUGAAAACGUCGGAAUCAAGUUUAGGAAACAGCAUUUUUGGAUUCAGUACCCCUGAAUUACCUUAAAACAAUUGAAAAAUCAGCAUUAACACAAAAUGCCUAACGCACUUUUUCUGAGCACAUUUUUUUAAAUCUGGACCUGACUAGAUAUCAUUAAAAAAUUGUAAUAUACACAAUUCUUUAUUAUAUUCAUGCCACUUCGUAUAAUCUCAACGGAACAAUGUCUGUAAUAUGAUUUCAGAUAUGUCGAAAACACCAAAAAUUAAGUAAUAAAACAUUUAUUUUGUAGACUUAGUUUGACAAUUUAUAUUGCAAAGAUUUAUAUCAUUUAAAGUGUACUAGUUUGAAAAAAAAUACCAAUUGAAGAAAUUAUAUAACAUUGGCAGAUAAUUCAUUUCACCAAGUUUUUAACUUAUUGUUGAUUUUAUUUUCGUACUGUUAAAUACAAUGUGUAUUUAUUGGUUUGCGAUAUAAUGUUUUUUUUUCAUUUGCAAACAAUCACCUUCAAAUUACAUUUUUUUUCAAGUUCUCGAACCUGGUUUUUCUGUUCUUUCAGAUUCAGUCUUCAAGUCGUGGUAUCCAUGUUAAUCCGGGUUUUUGCAAUCGGGUAAAUGGAUGAAUCUGAUGUUUCUCAAUAACCAGUGCACUUAAAAAAAAGGAAACAUGUAUGUUUGUUCGGUAAAAAAGAUACCAAAUAUUUUGUAAAUUUUACGUAAUGUUGCGUUGAAAUUUACCCUUCAAACAUGCAUUUUUACCAACAUGCAUGAUCCCUUUCUACCCAAUAUUGGGUAAAUUUUUACUCUCUGUUUUAGAGUGUGGUUUAUUAAUUGUAAGGAAUGAUAAUGGCGAUUUGAUAUGAUCCCAUCCUUUUCAUUGUUAUUGCUUUUAAGAGGGUUAAACCGCUUUGAAGCAUGUCGAUGAUUGAAUGUAUUAACGCUCGAUUGUAACGCAGUAUGGGUGUUGUUUUAUGUCUCCUGAAUUUGCUGCUCUAGUUUUAAUUAUUUCAGUAUAUUUGUGAUUGUAAAUCAACAUGUAAUGCAAUUGUAAUGCUCAUGACGUUUCUUGUUCCUUUAUCGCUCUAACUGAACGGAUCUCAAACAAUGUUUCAAACAGGGAAAUGAAAAUUAUGUAUCAAAAUAGAUGCAUUGUAUGUAAAAGUAUUUUCUAGCGAUGAUCGAAAAUUAUAUAUACUCUUCAUAUAAAUUGCUCAUUGUAAGCGCAUAGUGUCUUGUGAAUUUGACUCUUUGGAAUUGAUUGAAUUAAAAGGCAUUAUGAUUG